AUGACACUGCCGUACGUGGUCGAUGCGCAGACGUCGCUAUCGCCUGCCGAGCUGCAGGUCUUGCAUGACCAGUACGAGACGGAGGCCUCUUCUGGACACAUUACAACACAGACCAAGUUCAACUAUGCUUGGGCGCUCAUUAAGAGCACGCACAGGCAGCAGAUGCUUCAGGGAGUGGCGCUCCUUACCGACAUUUACCGCACGGAUCCACCGCGCCGUCGCGAGUGCCUGUAUUACCUAGCGCUGGGCCACUAUAAGCUAUCUAACUUUGAUGAGGCGAAGCGGUUCAAUGAAGGGUAUAUUGGUAUGGCCCUCUUGGGCGGCGCAGCCACCGUGGCAGGCGUUGCACUGACCGCGCUCUUGCGGCGCAGUCGUAGGUAG